UUGGUACUGUACAUGUCCUACGUUUGUGUACCGUAAGACGUGCGUUUGUCAUGCAGGAAUUCCUUGUUGAUGAUCAAAAAUGUAAAAAGUCAACCCCCACGUUCACAAUUGUCAAUGUGUGUAUGUAUAACAGUAUAACAGUUCCAGCAAAGGCACGAUAGCAAAACCACAAUUAAAGCUAUCAACUAUAUGAAUAUCAUUAUGCUAGUGAACAGUUCAAUAGUUAUAAAGUAGGCACAUAAUAAUUUGAAUGCAUUCGUAAAUACUUAAAGUCACGCAAGCACUGUGGCCAUCACAUGUUGAUAGUUAGAGCUAAAUCUGUGAUUUCUGUUAUAUGCACACAACAACUUUUAUGCAUGCAGAUAAUUAUCAUUGUUAAGAGUAUUAUAAUACCGAGGCUAUAAACGGUAUGGUACGUACAAAGCAGAAUACAUUCACGUGCUGCAAUGAAAUAUUCAUGACUAGCUACACCUAUAUAUAAUUAUGUGUCACGCCUUGCCUGGGAAACAUUCCUAAUGUUCAUUGGCAGUAUAGCAAGGGGCAGAUAAUUUAUAGCCGAAAGAAAGCUGCAGUGUACAAUAGAAGAUGGCAACAGGUCAGUACAAUAUUCGAUUUUCCGACGAACAAGCCCGUAAUAGUAGCUACAAUAGCAGCUACCCAACAGCCAGGCCUAACCCAAAUGGAAAUCAGUACAGAAACUUUUCAGUGCCAUUAAGCCAAGAUCAGUACAACCACCCAUUUCCCGGCAUACAACCAUCAAACUACAGCUGCAGCUACGCAACAGCAUCAACUAGCCCAAGUGGGAAUAAGCCAGUGUACAAAAACUAUUCAGUACCCCAAUGCCAAGGCCAACAGGCUCCAAACCAGACAACACAAGGUCGAUGGAUAAACGAAGGACUACCCAGCCAGGGUAUUCCUGGGACCGAGCCUUUUCUUGUGCAAGACAAUUAUUUGGAGAACAACCAUACAGGAGAGCAUAGCAUGUACAGUGAAGAAUGCCGACCAGAUUCUGUAUCACAUGAAAUUGAGGGAAUUGACCAUGAACAACAGCUAAAACCAGGACUACCUAGCCAGGGUAUUCCUUGGACCGAGCCUUUCCUUGAGCAAGACAAUUAUUUGGAGAACAACCAUACAGGAGAGCAUAGCAUGCACAGUGAAGAAUGCCGACCAGAUUCUGUAUCACAUGAAAUUGAAAUUGAGGGAAUUGACCAUGAACAACAGCUAAAACCAGGACUACCUAGCCAGGGUAUUCCUUGGACCGAGCCUUUCCUUCAGCAAGACAAUUAUUUGGAGAGUUACCAUACAGGAGAGCAUAGUAUGCACAGUGAAGAAUGCCGCCCAGAUUCUGUAUCACAUGAAAUUGAAAGCCAUGAACAACAGCUAAAAUCAGGAGACUACAAAGAAAGAGAGGGCCACUCUGACCUGCCUGCUCUACAACAGGAUCCUACAAUUUUUUCCCUAAAGCUGGCUAUAAUUGUGGAGCCCAGAGAGAUGAUAACUAAACACAGAAGUUACCACAAUGAAAUCUGUGGGAAGGAGGCAGUAAAAAGGCUCAGGGUUUUCGGCGAUCACCACUACCUUACACGCUUCAGUGAAAAUCGAAAGUGUUACAUACUUUCUGUGUGCACCAGCGAUGAAGACUUACAAUUUGAAAAGAUAAAGCAUUUUCAACUGAAACUUUCUGAUCAGGGAAUCAAAAUUCAAGAAAAGAAACAAUUUGAAGACUUAGAAGAAAUGCUUAAAUACUAUGAAACCAGCAGGCUCGACACAGCCUUCCCAAGAAUUGGAGAUUGUCUCACUGAGGAUGACUACCGAGCAAGAGUCAGAGAGAUACGUGAGCAGCAAGUACAACAACAACAAGUACAAGAACAAGAACAACGACAACAACAAGCACAGCUGCGGCAAAAAAAACGGCAACAACAAGAAAAACGGCAACAACGACAACAACAUGAAGAAAAACAAGAGCAGAUAAUGGCGCAACUACUACAAACACUACAACAGCAACAAAAAGUGAAUGAUAAGCCCAAAACCGAAUGCACAAUAAUAUAGAUAAAGAGAAUACAUUCAUGCAGACAGCACAUUUUUGUUACAAGUAGAAAGCACAUUUGUUAGACAGCAUGUUUGUGAGCAGUAGAUGGCACACUUUCGUGAGCAGUAAAAAUUACAUACUUUAAGGUGACAUAUUUUCACAGGUAGAUUUGUUUGCGUUUUCACUGUUUAGCUCGUUUCUAAAUCCUGCUCAAGUUGUGAAAUUAAUGUUUUCAUAGCAUUUCUAAUUAUUGGCAAGUGGUUUUUAAUGAGAUUCAUUGCACUUUUCAAUUAUUGGCGAGUACACAUUUUUUUUUUUUGCAAUUUUACUCUUA